GCUGGUCUCUUCGGCCGGCCGCUCCCACGUACACACCUGGGGUGGACGACUCCGGUUGGCCGCCACCGGCUCGGGAAGCGGUAGAGCAGCGCCCGCGGCGCCGCGGGCGCGCGGAGUAACGGUACUACACCGAAUCCCGGGGCGGUGGCGGUCGGCCGGCCAGGCGAGUGCGUGGUGUCAACAGGGACUGCUGCGGCCUUCUUGCGGUGUUUCUGGGCGCAAAAUCUGGCGUUUUGUGCGUUUUGUGCGUUUGAAGUGAGCUGGAUUUUGGCAAGUGCGACUGCAGGCUCUGGAUAGACAGCUGCUGCGCCGCCGAGGGCUUCGCCGCCAGCCGAAGGCAUGGUGUGAGUCUGCUGACGUCAAAUACCGUCGUCGAAAUCUGCAGCCAUGAAUGUGUGGAUUCUUCUGGCAGCUCUCUGCGCAUGCGCAGUGGCCCAGAACAGGCCACCGCAGUUUGAAAAAGGCGGCGACAUGCUGGAUUUUGCAAUCAAGGAAGAUACGCCCGUUGGCUCACAAGUUUAUCAGGUAUCGGCGACGGACGCGGACGGCGACCGGGUGGCCUACUCCAUCAGCGGCGACUUCUUCAGCAUCGACCGGCUGUCCGGGCGGGUGACGCUGGUGCGCCCCGUCGACCGGGAGCGGAUGCGAUCCGUCGAGGUCAUCCUCACGAUCACAGACGUUGUUGCUGAGGGCUCGGAGCCAAACCUGGUGUCGGUGCGCCGGCUGGUGCCGAUCGUCGACGCCAAUGACAACCCGCCGGUGUUCAACGGUCUGGAGAACGGCGCCUAUCGCUUCAGCGUGAGCGAGACCUCCGAGGUCGGGUCCACGGUGUUCUCCAAGGUCAACGUGACGGACGCCGACUUCGGCUUGAACGGAGAAGUCAACCUGGUGUGCGACGCGUCAAAGACGCCUGAGGCGUGUCGGCGGUUCGACGUGCGCGGCGUCGGCCUGAACAGCGGCGUCUUCAUCGGCAUCGUCACGCUGCGCGGCCCGCUGGACUUCGAGGCCGAGAAGGCGUUCGACGUCAGCGUACUGGCCACCGACAACGGCAAACCCCAACUGACGUCUAAGGCCCGAAUGGUGAUAUCAGUGGAGGACGUGCAGGACCAGCCACCGGAGUUCGUCAACGGCCCAUACUCAGCCACUGUGUCCGAGAACACCCAGCCGGGCACGCCGGUGCUGGACAUCGUGGCCCGGGACGGCGACACGGGCAUCCCCAGGCAGCUGCGACUCUCCAUCAUCGGCGACGAGGCCGGCUACUUCCAGCUGCUGGAGCCGGUCAGAGGUGCUGGCGGCGUGUACACCACCCAACUGGUGACGGGCAACACCAGCCUGGACCGCGAGAACCCGGACAUCCUCAGAGACGUGGGCCUGUACCAGUUCCAGCUGGAGGCCCAGGAGGUGGAGUCUGAUGUCUCCUUGGGGGAAAAGGUGGUGACGAACGUUACGGUGGUAGUGACAGACCAAGACGACCAGGUGCCCACCUUCAACAAGAACCAGUUUCUUGUCUUCAUACCGGAGGAUACUGCCAACGGCACGCCGCUGCCCGGCCUGGACAUGCUCGUGUCGGACUCGGACGCUGGCGCCGGCUCCCGCUUCCAGCUGCGGCUGCAGGACGUGCAGCACAGCGACGGCGUGUUCGAGAUCUUCCCGACGGAGGCGGAGGGUCGCGCGCCCGUGAUCAUCAAGGUCGCCGACUCGUCCAGACUGAACUAUGAGCGUGAGGAGGACCGUCAGUUCGCUUUCGCCGUGGUGGCCUCCCAAGGUCAGACGGAGGUCACGGCCACGGUGACCGUGCUCGUCACCGAUUCCAACGACAACCCGCCGGUGUUCUCCGAUGAGACCUACAGCGCCCAGCUGACCAUCAUCGUCGUUGACGAGAACGACAAUCGGCCCAAGUUCUCGUCCGACCGCUACACGGCCGUGGUGGCGGAGAACGCGCUGCCAGGCACGGACGUGGUGCGCGUGGCGGCCGCCGACCGGGACGAGGGUGACGGCGGCCGAGUUCGCUACAGCUUCGUGGACACCGGCGCCGCAGACGGUCUAUUCACGCUGGAGCCGGAGACUGGCGAGCUGACGGUGUCGGGUGACCUGUCUGGCAAGGGGCGCACCGCGCCCUACCGCCUCACCGUCCGCGCCCAGGACCAGGGCGAAGAUCCGCUGCUGAGUGACGUCACGCUAGAGGUGUAUAUCGGCGACGUCAGCAGCAACGACGGCAUACCGCGCUUUGUUCGGCCGACGCCGGAGGAAGAGGUCGGCGUGCUGGAGAACCUGCCGCCUGGUGCGCUGGUGUUCCACGCGCAGGCCACAGACCCGGACGACCCGCUGACGCCGAGUGGCCACCUCAAGUACUCGUUCCUGGGCUCCGGCCAGGUGUCCAAGGACGGCCGCUUCGCCAUCGACUCCCGGACAGGAGUGAUCCGAACGCGCCAGAGCCUGGACCGGGAGCAGGAGCGGCGCCACACGCUCCUGCUGCAGGCGGCCGACCAAGGCCAGCCGCCGCAGCAGGCCGUCCGCGCUCUGGUGGUCAACGUGCGCGACGUGGACGACAAUGUGGCGCGCUUCGACCGUGACAGGGCGGCCGGGCCCAAGGAGGUGGUGGUCACCGAGGAGCUAGCGGUCGGCUCCGUGGUCACCACGGUGACGGCCGUGGACGGCGACGCCGGCCGGUUCGGCCAGAUCCACUACGUCAUCACAGGCGGCGAUCCGGAUGGCGUGUUCGCCUUCAACCGCACAGCGUCAGGCGCCGGCCAGCUGGUGCUGGCGUCGCGGCUGGACCGUGAGCAGCGCGACGGCUACCUGCUGACCGUGCGCUGUCAGGCUGAGGAGCCCGAGACGCCGGCGCCGGCGCAGUACGACCCCCAGGACCUGGCCAUGAUGCAGCUGCGGAUCAAGGUGCUGGACGUGGACGACAACCCGCCGCUCUUCGCCCAGGCCAACGUCACCACCGGUGUCAAGGUCGGCACGCCGGUGCGCACCAUGGUGAUGACUCUUCAAGCCGCCGACCCGGACCUGGACCCGGCGCCCGUCCGCUACGUCAUCGAUGACAUCACGUUCAGCCGGCACCUGCGAUUGGCCGAGCGCGACGAGAUGCUCAGCGGCCUGCGCUCAUUCGUCGUCGAUGACAUCAGUGGCAAAGUGUGGACCAACGAGGUGAUGGCCAAGUACAGCGGCGGCUUCUUCGAGAUCCACGCGGCGGCCGUGUCAGGCCGAUGACGAGACGAAGCGGUCGGAGGCGCGCGUGCGGGUGUUCGUGCUGAAGGACAGCGAGCUGAUGAAGUUCGUGUUCCGGCGGCCUCCGGGCGAGGUGAAGGAGCGGCUGGAGCGGUUCCGUGCGGACGUGGAGGAGGCGGUGCCGGCGCCGGUGACGGUCAAUCUGUACG